ACCUGCUUAUUAAACAGAUAGGAUGUAGGUUAGAUUAAGCUGGGUCACGAUUCACGAUAUACAGUUAAAGAAACAGGCUACGAGCUAUGGAGUUAGGCACAUAGCGUAACUUUAGCAGAAACGAGAGAGAGAGAGAAGCGAGGGGAGAGAGAGAGAGAGAGAGAGAGAGAGAAGCGAUGAGAGGACGAACGAGAGGGAAUUAGUUGCGCGCGCAGGUGGCGCGAUACCGGUGCGUCAGAAUCCAGUGGUCGUCACCGUCUCGCCCGGGAGAGGGAAAGAAAAAGAGAGAAAGAGAGAACAGUUUUACAGUGCAAAGUGAAAUAGAAUAUCUGCGCAAGAGGAAGAAAGUACAACGGGCUGGCAUAGCGAAUGCAAAAGACAGAAAGGAAAGAAGGAGCAAGAGAUAUACAACGAGAGAACACGGAGGUGCUUGCACACGGGGCGGGCCUGCCAGUCUCAACCACUUCGUGGAGUGCACUUUUUAUUCUGUACUCGAGCACGCAACCACUCUGAAUUGUUAGGCUGUUUGCAUAUAUACAUAUACACACACACACACACAUACAUAUAUAUAUAUAUGAUUGAAAAUCUGUGACUUGCCCAAUGCAUAGUUCGACCGCGUGGUCUUACCAGAUUUUGCUGGUAGUCAGUCAGUAUAUACACCGUGAGUGAGGAUUGUUGUUGUUGUUGAUCGAUCUCUCCGGCUUGCCGGCUGUCAAAGUCAUCAUUUUGGAGGAGGGAAAGGGAUCGUGACACAGAACAACAACGAACGGGAAACUACGUUCGAAAUAUUUCGGUGUUAGUGUUGGCAGUGUUGGAGAGUGGUGGUGGAAAAAGACGAUGGAGAGACCGGGUGUGCAACGAAAGAGGGUUGUUAUGGGGCGAAGCUGUCGUCUGCUUGCACUUUCGCCGCUGUACUUGCUGACUGUGUUCGGCUUUCUCGCAGCGGUUGAUGCUUUCUCUGCUGACAGCAAGCCUUGCCCUUUAAGGCAAUUUCAAUGUGCGAAUGGUAGAUGUAUACCGAAUCCGUGGGUCUGCGACUUAAUGGACGACUGCGGAGACAAUUCCGACGAGACCACCAAGAAAUGCGAAGGUCCGCACAAGUGCACCGACUCGGAGUUCAAGUGCACCAACGAGAAGUGCAUACCCGGCACGUGGCACUGCGACGGCGAGGACGACUGUCGCGAUGGCUCCGACGAGGAUCCGACGAUCUGCAGGUCGAAACCGUGCAGCGAAACGGAGUUCGAGUGCAGCCCGGGGGAAUGCAUACCGAAAAGCUGGCUGUGUGAUCUUCAGCUCGACUGCACCAACGGCCUGGACGAGAAGAAUUGCCGCAGGAUGAAGAAUUGCACGGCGGAUCAGUUCACGUGUCACUCGGGGAAUGGCGAAUGCGUGGCACUCGCGUGGAUGUGCGACGGCCAUCGAGACUGUUCGGACGGUUCAGACGAGGCUGAGUGCAGUAAGAUUCUGCACAGGAGCUCUGUUUUACGCUUUGCGCUUCUUCACGUAACGCUUGCCUUUUCUUUCUUCCCCUCUCUCGCUUGUGCUGAUUUACACGUUGCUUUGAUCCUCGAUCCUCCCUUACGCCUCAUCGUUAACACUUCGACGGCCGCAUAUUUUUCUCAUCGUCUUUAUGUGUCGCGUAGAUUUUACUAUGUUCGUAGUAUUAGUAAUUAAUAAUUACACUAUGAAAGUUAGCUUUUACAUUUCUACGUCUUUCAUGUCUUUUCGCGUGUAGACAAUUUAGAGAAUUUGCAACCAGGUCCCCCCGUAAUUUAAUUCUCAGUUAAUUUCGGGUGCGACCGAUCGAUGUUAAUUUGUUUCUUUCCAAAAAAUAACAAUUGCCACGUCAUGAACCAAGUAAGUAGCAUCUUGCAAGCAACAAGGAAUAGUUUUUAAAAAAUACGUAUUGGAAUUCGAAGCUUGAAAUCAUUUUUAUAUGUCUUACGAGAAUAGUGGUGCAAAGUAGCAUUUUCGUGAUGUGACCGACCGAUACUGUGUUAAGAAUUUUAGAAAAUGGAAAAUAUAGCAAGUUUAAAGAGUUAAAGAUUUAACUUUAUUUGGAGGAAGCGGGAAGAAAAAGAGCGUAAUUUUUAUAGAAGUGUAGUUUAUAGAAGCAAUAUGUAGUGUACUACAAUAUCUCAAAUUCUGAUUCGUUCGAU